AAGUGUGUAUUUGUUUGUGUUUAAAAUAAUCUAAAUGAUCUCACAUUAGUGACGUGCGCGUGAACCCCCAAAAUACAAAACUUCGUGCGUGAUCACUUUUCACCUGUUGAAUUGGCGAAAGCAAAGAGCUUUAAGUUAAGAUCUACUAACGGCGGGCAUAAACACUAAUUCACAAUGAGUUGGAACAAGAGGAACACUAGUCACAUAUCCAUAUACAACUAUCCGGAGCAUCUGAAUCCAUUCUACGAAGAUGAUAAUCACAAACGCCUCCGAUUUUUUGGGUUCAGCAAAAAGAAGAACGAGAAUGGCAGACAUAGUCUGUCGAUUGGAAACCUGCAAGAAUUGUGGAAAUCGUAUUCUUUUCGUAAGAAGAAGUCUUCAACAUUAGGCAUAAACAAAACAUCGGAGAGCCCGCCCACUCUUAGACGCGAUCUAAACGAUAAUUCCUAUUUGAACUCCAGAGUUUUCCGCGGAGAUCGUCACACAUCCCUGCAAGAUAUUGAUAGACGACGGGAGUCGGACUCAUUGUCCUCAAAUGGAACUUUCUUCAACCGCAAUGAUCGAUACAGAAGCACAACGCAGUUUUCCGGAUAUCCCUCGACAAAUAAUCAGAGCAUAAGGUUAUCCCAAUCUAGUCUAGCCAGCUCUAAUCCCUUCGAGUCUCAGCCGGAAUCGUGUCCUAGUUCCCCCAUGAGCAGCAGAAGAUAUCGCAAGAAGAGGAGAGCCCCGCCGCCGCCAAAACUUGUGGUCCAAGAUUACCUAGCUACCAAAGACAUUGAGUCUCUUGCCUCUGAAAUUGACGCGUUUGUUAACAACCGAAAAGAAUCUUUAAUAAAACAAGAAGUUGUGGAGGAGGUCCCCAAAUCAAAUGAACCAACAAUUUUGAUUACUGCACCAAUCUGCGAUAGCGAACCCAACCCCAGCACGUCGCAAGCACCACAAGCCAUCAGUGUCAAGCAAUCCAAUGGAUACAGCACGGCCCCUGAUAAGGAAAAGGUCACUAUCUCCGAAUCCGAUAACAAUACUAAUACCCGCACCUCCCCCAAACCGGAAUGUAAUGGCACCAUUCACAUCAAGCAUGCCCAUAAACCCGAACCACCAAGCACACCUAUUCAGAUUCGAAAAGUCCGCACAUCUAAUACUGCUGGCCAGCCUAAUCCCUGCACUUCCAGUACUCCCGAGUGCAACGCCAGCUUCCACAUAAAGCAGUCUUCCGAACACAUAACCGUGUGCUCCGAACAGAAACCAAAUAACGAUGUAAACCAAGUCAACAAAAAGCCAAAUGGUACCAUACCCGUGGCUAUCACAGAAGAGCACUUAGUUGUUAAGGAAACUUCAAAGCCGGCAGAACUUCCGAUAUAUGCUGAGGUUGUCAAGCAAUCGGUCGUCUUGGUAGAUUCCGAAGACGGUAGUGGUGCCUCCACAUCCAAAACCCAGCAGUCAAUUGCCAAUGAACAAGCUAAACUGCCCGAGGAGUCCACAACUUUGAGAACACAUCCCGAGCCAGAUGAUAACACCUAUGUGGAAGAGAGGAAAACCAAUUCAUUUGGCACGGUCAAACAGAUUUCUCAGAUUUUCGAAGAGAACAUUACUAGUUCCACUGCUCCCAGUCAAGUGCCCAAAAAAGAAGUGCUCACAACAAAUGGUGCAAUAUCAAAGAAAACGGAGAACCAUGUGGUCUCCAAUGUAAUUCAGCCGAAUCCAGCUGAAACCAGCGACGUUCUACAAAUACGUGAAGAUUUUGAGUUGGAAAAUAAUGUAAGAUUAAGAUAUGAGGAGAGACCUACAAGCGAUCGCUAUAGAUCUUCCAUAUCUGCGGAACGGGAAUCGAAUUCCACGCCCACGCCGAGGAUGAGGAAGAAGAAGUCCAUCAAGGAAGUGCUAGAGUCCAUAAGCAGGAAUCAGAAGAUUCUAAACGAAAGCGCAGCAAAGGGCACAAAGGUUUAUUUAACGCCCUCCUAUGCUGAGAACAAAUACAACUAUCCCAAUGAGUUAAAUAACGUUAAUAAUAGAUCGUCCAAGGAAGUGACGUCCGCCAACAUAUCAGUUAGCACAUCGGAUACCAAUGAACUACCAGGCCAAAGUAAUUUGUUCAUAAGCAAGAUAAGCAAGUUUAAGGGCCAAUUCAGGGAGUCGUCGCCCACUUCAUCGAACUUGGAUUGGAACCCACUACCGAAGCCAAGUCGAGCGCAUAACUCAGCUAGUUCUAACUUCAACAACGGCUCGUGCUAAUGAGUGCAAUUAAUUACGCUGUACACAAAUAAUAUUUAUAUUAAACAUAAACCAAAUUUAUACACAAUAAAACAGAAAAAUGUACUUAUGAUAA